AGAAUUCUCGAAUUGCGAUUGCUAUCUCACUAUUUAACUGUGACUUAUAAAACACUUGCCCAAGACAAACCAGGAAUCCACCAUUGCCAGAGAGUUAUACCACGAAUGGCCUUGUCACUAUGUUUCUUCUUGACAGCGUUUUAUCCUUUUCAGCUUUACACCUAGCCUUUCUCGAAGUGAACGACCGUCACUGGUGGCUGCAGACAGCUUUGAAAUACCAAAACAAGGCCUCCUCCGCUUUCCACAGAUCACUUACUGAUAUCGGACCGCACGACUGUGAGGCAGCAUUUCAAUGCUCCAUUUUCAUCUUAUUGUUUGCAGCAGCAUAUCAAGGAGUGUCCAGGGACAGUCAUAUCUUGGAUCCUCUGUCCAAAAUUCUCAGUCAACGCAAAUUGGUCGAAGGUUGUGCUUUGCUGAGGCAAUCAAAUAGUCGUUUCCAAGGCGAAGGGUUUAGAGGUCGAGUUGAGCGGGAUCCUGCUGAUGGAAAUACAGAAGCGCUUUCGAAACUACGCGAAGUAAUAAAUACAAGUGGUGGAGACCACCAAGAGACGUACCAGAGCUCCUGCCAGAUGUUAUAUGAAUGUAUUGGACGGGAGCCCCUGGAUGGUCCUGGGAUCAAUAUCAUUGCCUGGCCAGUUUAUGUUAGUGGCUCGCUCAUACACCUGCUCCAAAAAGUGGAUUUGGUGGCUCACCUAUUAUUUCUUCAUCACGGCGUCGGGUUACAUCUGAUUCGUGACAAGUGCUUUGUCAGGGAAUCUGGUAGUUAAAAGCUUUCUCAGAGCGCUUCUACAUCCAGUUAGAGGCUCACCCCACAUGGGCAGAGUCGAUCCAAUGGGUCAAAAAGAUAGCUGAAACCUAGGGGUCGAUUUAAAUCAUAUUAUAAUCAUCAGUGUUGACGUUUGGCU